AUGCUGGGAUCUGAACGUGGAGUAGUGGAAGAAUGGCUGUCGGAAUACAAGGUAUUACCUGAAACUCAGCUCACCGCCUAUGCUGCAACUCUUCAUCGUAAGAAAACUCUAGUCUCUGCUCUGUAUAAAGUCAUUCAAGACCCAAAUAAUGAGCUUCUGGAACCAAUCUGCCACCAGCUUUUUGAGCUCUAUCGCAGCUCGGAAGUUCGACUGAAGAGGUUUACCAUGCAAUUUCUGCCAGAGUUGAUUUCCAUUUAUUUGCGCCUCACUGCCAGUCGCGAUCGGCAGAGCAAUGGCUGUAUUGAAGCUCUUUUGUUGGGAAUUUACAAUCUGGAAAUUGCUGACAAAGAUGGAAACAAUAAAGUACUGUCAUUUACUAUACCAUCAUUAUCAAAGCCUUCAAUAUAUCAUGAGCCAUCAUCAUUAGGGUCCAUGGCUUUGACAGAGGGGGCUUUGAGUCAGCAUGAUCUCAUCAGGGUUGUUUACAGUGAUCUGCACCCCCAGAGGGAAACCUUUACAGCACAAAACAGGUUUGAAGUGCUGAGCUUUCUCAUGUUGUGCUACAACUCCGCUAUUGUGUACAUGCCACCUUCAUCCUACCAGUCACUAUGUAGAAUGGGUUCUAGAUUGUGUGUUAGUGGCUUUCCUCGGCAGCAUGAGAAGCGCUGGAAAGAGUUGUGUGGUCGUGUUGUGCUUGAUCCUAGUUUCAUGGUCCAACUACUCACUGGUGUCUAUCAUGCUAUAUACAAUGGAGAAUGGGAUCUUGGGCAGGAGGUUCUUGAUGAUAUCAUCUAUCGAGCCCAGCUGGAGCUCUACUCUCAGCCCCUAUUGGUUGCAAAUGCUAUGAAAAAUUCAUUGCCGUUUGAUGCUCCUGACUCAUCACAGCAAGGGCAAAAAGUAUUGAAGGUUGAAGUGACUCCAACAGUCCCCCGUAUCUCUCGAACAGCCAUCACCACCGCCUCUAUACGUAGACAUCGCUGGAGGAGAGAAGGACUUGAAGGCACCUUUACUGGAGAGGACUCUAUUAAUCUUAAUGAUGCAGAUGAAGGUUUCUCAUCAGGGGCCUCCGUUAGUAGCCAGCCUGUUGGAGCCAAGCAAACGACCUCUUCAUCUCGAAGUGGUUCAAGAAAAGGUGGCAGCGUGCGAUCAGUCAAAAAGAGAAAGAACAACCUAGUCCAUCAAAGCCUAAUGAAAGUCGGGAGACCACACCUAGAAAACAGCCUGUUCCCACAGCUGCAGAUACUUCACUUGAAGCGAUUGAGCUAUCACCUAUGAAAAAGCACCUGAGCCUCCCAGCAGGCCACGUGGUGCCAAAAGCAAAUAGUCUUAGUCUGAUCCGAACCUCCAGCACUUCAUCCAGUAAAUCUUUUGAUUAUGUUAAUGGCAGUCAGGCUGGUGGAAGUGGUGGGAUAGAUGGAGUGACAAACCUUUCCACUUGCAACACCAACCGAUUUUCAACAAUAAGCUUACAAGAGGACCGAUUAGGCCAAGCAGGAGAGGGCAAAGACCUAUUAUCUGCUGGUGCCCCCUUGACCAAACAGUCUCGAUCCCCAAGUUUCAAUAUGCAGUUAAUCUCCCAAGUGUAG